AUGAAACAUGAUAAACUUCACCUUGUUAUUCGCAAUGAUAAGUUAUUAUUGACCUAUGGAGCAGUUGAAGUUGGUAAAAAAGAAAGAGAUCGUUACUAUGAUGUAGGCUAUGCACUUCGAGUUUUAGCUAAGUUAUUGUUGCAAUACAGAAAACAGUUUAAUGCAGAAGAUGCAUCUGCCAAAGAUUUAGUCAAUGCGAUAAGCUAUGAUAACAUUAUUUCUUCUAUGAAAGUUUGUGCCGAUUAUUGUGGACCAAGAAAAAUUGGAAAUCCUCGUCUUGUUUUAAGAAUAGGAUAUUCAUUAAAAACUUUAGCUAUAAUAGUCAAGUUAGAGUACCUGAAAUUAGGAUUAGGCUAUGGUAGAAAAAGUUCUUCUGUAAAAGCAUUAGUUCCGAUUAUUUUUACUGAGGAAGUUGUUGGUGCAAUCCGACUAUUAAUCAACUCAAAGCAUUAUGCUAAUAUUUCUCCAAAAAAUAAUUAUGUGUUUGCCCGUGGUUGGGACGCGCUGCAAUCUUUAACAAAAAAGCUUAAUUUAUUGAAGCCAAAGCUUAUUACACCAACUAGAAAGUAUUUGUCAACCAUUCUGCAGUUGUUAGACAUGAAUAAUGCUGAGCUUUUGUGGCUCACAAAUCACAUGGGACAUACUAAAGAUGUUCAUCAAAAUUGGUAUCGACGUGACGAUUCUACUAUUGAAUUAACAAAAGUAACAAAAGUUCUUCUUGCUAUGGAUAAUGACGAUACAAGGUGCAUUCAAAAUAAGAAAAUCGAUUCACUAUUACAAAAUAGUUUUGAAGGAAUUGGGAUAUCAAAUGUUAAUACAUGAGGAAGUGCUAAUGUUUGCACUUAUUCAGAUGAAGAUGUUGGAGAUGCAAAUAGCAAUGUUUUAGAUAAAAAUAUCAAUGUCAUUGAAAAUGAAUUAAUGUCGAACGUAAAAGAAUACAAAAUAAAAGACUAAACAUGCACAAAGAGUCAAAAAAAACUUGGAAAGGUUGGUCGGAAGAA